AGGCUUAUAUAUACCUGGAUUUUACGUUCCGACCUUCACUCCUUAAAACAGACUUGUAAAGAAAGAAGCGUAAUUUAUUAUCAGUAUACAGUAUACAGUCAUAUUGACAGAAGAAAAACAGUUGGAUUUCUUUGCAGAAUUUACUAAGCAGAAAAUAUGAAGCUGAUCACAUCGCAAACCGUCAUGCUUGAGACGCCGAAGAUAAAACGAGCGACCGACAUCGUGCCCACUACCACGUCACUUCCGGAUGGGCGUGUCCUGCUGAUUGACGUCAUGACCGACUCCCAGCUCUCGCAGACAUUCGCCAUGAUCGUUGAGGCCUCGAAAUCCGGAAACGGUUUCGGCGUGGACGAAUACACCUCGGAGAAGGAGUUCCGCCAGGACAUCGCCGGCAGCUACAACUUCGCGGUCAUGAGCAAGGACGACGGCGAAAUGGUGGCCGCGUUCCUCAUAACUGUCAGCAAGUUCUACCGUGGCACGCACGUCGCCGAUCCGUUCGUGAUCAUCAAGAAGAGCGAGCGAGGCAAGGGGAUCGGCGAACACUGCUUCAAGCUGUGCGUCGACUUCGCGCGGGAACUCGGCUUCAUGGGCAUGUACGUCGACACGUUCAUCAACAACAAGGCCAUGAUCAAAAUCAUCGAGACCGUCGGCGGUUUCCAGCAGGUGGGUUGUCUCCCCAUGGGCGGGCGCAUGAAAGACGGAUCGUUCGUGAGCUCGCUGAUCUUCUACCGAGAUUUCAGACAGACAUGACAUGUGAUCGCCCGCGGAGCCGAUGUAUCAAACUCAUCGACAGCGCCGACGAAAACGCCGACGAAAACGACGACAAGGCAUCGACGCAAUUUGCCGACGGUCCUAGUCGGUAUUCGUUGGUGCGCGACCCGUAUCGCCCGGUCCAUGACUCGUUUUGGCUGGCCGUUAACCCGUGUUGGCUGGACUUUUGUCCGAACUGGAUGACCCUUGGUCCGAAUUAGACGACCAUGGGUUAGAGAGCUUCUCGCAAAAUGCUAUAGCAACUGCUUUCGCUGCUACCAAUGUGCGAUGAGAUGGAGUUUAAGCCAAUGGCAAGAGAAAGAACAAUGUACUACUUCGCGUGAAAAUCGAUUGUAGAUCAAGAUAAGAAGGCUGAUGACCUAAAUCUGUAUGAGCUUAUUAAAGGACGAGAUAAUACUGCAAACAUUAUUUAAAGGGACAUAACAGUAUUAAGAAACAGCUAGAAAGACAAUGGGAAAAAAUGGAAGGAUCUGUAGGACUGUUUCUGAAGAUGACUUUCUUUAUGUAACACAAAAUCAUCAAAUGUGUCGGAAUCAUCGUAAGAAAUGAACGGUUUGGUGUCAGUUAUGUUGACAAUGACGUCAUCAGAAUGAUCAGUAAAUGAUCAUCAGUAAUGGAGCCUUAUGAUAGUUUCGUAUUUUAGACGGUGUAUUGUGCUCGUGCAUGUUUGUAACAACGUAAUAAAUAAAUAAAUAAAUAAAGCUGAAUUGAAACCUG